AUGAUGCGUCUAUAUUACUAAGCAUUCAGCAAACUUAUCAAAGUAGAUCGUUUAGCACUGACUCCACAUCAAUAUUGGAUUGCAGCUGGUAAAGGAAUGGAACGCCCUUAUACAGGAGAAUAUUGGUUUAAUCAAGAAGUUGGAACAUAUCACUGUUAGCAUUGCGAUAAUCAAUUGUUUUCUUUUGACUCUAAAUACAAAUCAACUACAGGAUAUGCAUAAUUUUGGAAUCACAUACCUAAUAGCGUAAAAUUAGAGGAAUCAAACAUUAAAGAAGAAAGGGAUUUGUGUUGUGCUGGAUGUGACAGUUUUGUUGGAAAGGUUUCCUUUGAUGGACCUCCUCCAACAUUCAUUAAAUAUAGUAUUAAUUCAGCUGCAUUAAAUUUCAAACUGAAAUCCUUUUAAGAAGACCCAUACUUUAGAAAAAUUGCUAGAAAAGAAAAAGAGGCUCAACGUUAGAAAAAAGUAGAACAUAAUUAUUUAGAAAGCAAUAGCAAUUUGUGAUUUAUUAUAUUAAUAAAAUUAUAUGUAGUGAUGAAAUAGUACAA